AUGUCCCCCCCCGCCCAGCCGGGGGUGCCGGGCGGGCGCGGCUCUAAGGGGCCCCCGGCGCGGAAGCUCCUCUGCAUGUGCAGCCUCUCCCUGUGCCUCACCUACCUGUGCUACAGCCUGAUGGGGGGCACCGGUCCCGCCGCCCUGCGCUCCCCCGCCGCGCUCCCCGCCUCGGCGGCCCCCGGGGCCCCGCGUUCCCCCACCGCCUUCCCCGUGACGGCGGCCCCGCGCUCCCCCGCCGGCCCCCCGGGCGGCCCCGGCGCCCCGGCGCCCUCGGCCGCUCCGCCGCGGGCCUCCAACGGCAGCCGGGAAGGGGCGGCGGGCGCCUGGCUGCGGACGCCGCUGGCCCCCGGGGAGGUGAUCGCGGCGCAGAGCGGAGCCUUCGAGAGGGACCCGCAGGAGUCGAGCACCACGGACGAGGAGCUGAGCCGGGCCGGCAGCCCGGGCAGCCGCGGCGGCGGCGGCAGCAGCACCACGCCGGACUACGGGGAGAAGCGGCUGCCGCAAGCCCUCAUCAUCGGGGUGAAGAAGGGAGGGACGCGGGCGCUGCUGGAGGCCAUCCGGGCGCACCCCGACGUGCGGGCCGUGGGCACCGAGCCCCACUUCUUCGACAGGAACUACGAGAAGGGGCUGGAGUGGUACAGGAACGUGAUGCCCAAGACGCUGGAGGGGCAGAUCACCAUGGAGAAGACCCCCAGCUACUUUGUGACCAACGAGGCCCCGCGGCGCAUCCACUCCAUGGCCAAGGACACCAAGCUGAUCGUGGUGGUGCGCAACCCCGUCACCCGCGCCAUCUCGGACUACACGCAGACGCUCUCCAAAAAGCCAGAGAUCCCCACCUUCGAGGUGCUGGCCUUCAAGAACCGGACCCUGGGGCUGAUCGAUGCCUCCUGGAGCGCUAUCCGCAUUGGGAUUUAUGCUCUGCACUUGGAAAACUGGCUCCAGUACUUCCCCCUCUCCCAGAUCCUGUUUGUCAGUGGUGAGAGGCUCAUCACUGACCCAGCUGGGGAAAUGGCCAAGGUCCAGGACUUCUUAGGCCUGAAGAGGAUUGUGACAGAGAAGCAUUUUUAUUUUAAUAAAACAAAGGGGUUUCCCUGUCUAAAGAAGCCAGAGGACAGCAGUGCUCCCCGGUGUUUGGGCAAGUCCAAGGGUCGAACUCACCCCAAAAUAGACCCAGACGUCAUCCACAGACUGAGGAAGUUUUACAAACCUUUCAAUGUCAUGUUUUACCAAAUGACAGGCCAAGAUUUCCAGUGGGAGCAAGAAGAAAGUGAUAAGUAGAACCGUGAAAUCAGGAAAAAAUAUUUUUUGUUUUUGGGAUGUGAAUCAUCAUUUGAGACCCAAAACUCUCUUGGGGGCAGAGCUCAGCCCCGUGUGUAAGAGGCUCUUGUGUUGUCAGGGCUGCAGCAGAAGUCGCCCCAGAUGUCCACUGCUGGAACUGUAGUGGCCUGUCACCUCAGGCUGCGCUCGGGCUGUCCCCGCCGCAGCGCUGGGGUCGGGGGCAGGCGGGAGGAGGAGGAGGCAGGGGGAGCAGGGCUCCUCAGGGUGAUGGGGCACUUGGUGUUGACGUUUUGCUGCUGGUGUCCCUCUUGCAGCCAGGCAGGUGGGAACAGACCUCCUGCCACGGCGAGCUGGGCGACAGGGUGGCUCCCAAAACCCAGCUGGGACAAACCCAUAGAUUUGAUUUCUCCUGCCCUGCACUUUAGUUUUGCCCACACAGCAGCAUCAGAUCUGGUAAAUUCAGGCCUUGUGCACUCACGUGCACACUGGGCUUUGUGUGUGGAAGGAAUAAAGCCAGUUAUGCUGCAAAGGAAA